UGAGAGAAUUGAGUUGCCCAUUUUUCAGAGUGGUUGGGUGGAAUAUAUACAUGGUGGACAAAACACUCAAACAGAUCACUCCAUUUCUUUGGUAGACAUGUUUUGAUGCAAAAAAUAUUUUCUAUCUACUUGUUGGUUGUUUUGAUUAGAAGUUGGCCUCAUGUACAUUUUGCAGGUUUAUGUUUGUUUGCAAAUUCAAAUUUUGCAGGUUUACGUUUCUUGAUUGCUGGUUGAUUUAUGUUUUCAUUUUGUUGAUUGUUUAUAACCAUAUAUGUUACUUAACUUUCCUAAGAUUGAAGGAGGAUCCAAUUUCCAAGUUAAAGUUAGAUGGUCUCAGAAAAUGUUAUGUCUCAGCCUGCCUUUUGCUUUCCCUGCUCAUGUAUUUCCAGUUUUCGAGAAAGUUUCUUGUAGAGAAAAAAUACUGCUAUAUGUGAAUUCUGACCUGCACUCGGAUUACAUGCAACACUUGUAGCCAUCCUUUAAAGGAACUAAAAAGACAGGCUGGCCAAUUAAGCUUCUUGUAUGAUUCAAAGGUUCUCAAGUGGUCUUCUCAAGAUUUCUAUUUUGCGUAUUCGGCAUGCUCAAAUGAAAUAUUUGGAGGUCUGCUUCUGCAAGCUCCAUCUUUACAAGAUUAUGAUUAGAGAUAUUUUUUUCUUGUAUCUUCUCCCAGCUUCGAAUGGAGAGGUUAGAAUGUUCUCGAGUUCGUUGGAGUUGGCAACAAAGGAAACGAUCACGAAUGCAACUGAAUGGAUGAACACAAAUAUUGUUGCUGAUGGAGGUACCAACUUGCUGCUUCCCCUAAAACAGGCAAUUGAAAUGGUUGGUAAAACAAGUGGAGCAUCAUCUUCCUCUUAGCAAUGGUAGCACCUCUAGCUACUUCAGUUUCAGCCAAGUCGUUUAUUGUUGGUGACGACAAUGGUUGGACUCUUAACGUCGAUUAUCAAGCUUGGGCCAAUAGCAAGCAAUUUUGUGUUGG